UUUAAGAUAUGUAUACGGCACCAUCAGAGACUCAUAAAUAUUGUGAAUAAUGUCAAUGUUGUAUUUGGAUCCAGUAUGUUUUAUCAAUUAUUCGCAAGCUCUGCAAUGAUAUGUUUCACUGGAUUUCAAGCAGCUUUGGGCGCCAGGGAAAGCGCCAAUUUGAUUAAAUUUGCAUUGUACUGUGGAACGGCAUUUUCUCAACUGCUCUCGUGGUGUUUAAUAGGAAAUAUGUUACUGCAUGAGAGUCUCACUUUAACUAACAGCCAAUGGCAAUCUGGUUGGGAAGAUGAACAAUAUUUCAACUUUGCGUAUUUGAUCAUUUUUGCCAUGGUGCGCGCUAAUAGGUCUCUAGAACUUAAAGCUAUCAAUUUUUAUUCGGUAUCGAUGGAUACAUUUAUAGUAAUCUCGCGAGCCUCAUAUUCAUUCUUCACUCUUCUGGUGGCCGUUGUGUGACAUUUAACGUAAAUGCAUGUAUAGCGAGUC